CCCUGAAUGAGCACUGAGUCGACGCUAUCAGCCCGUGUGAGCCGCGGAGUGAACUCCAGCACGGACUUUAUCAAGUCCAGACCAGCAGCCAGAGUCCAAUGUUCACCCCCGCUGCUGCCUGGCCUCUGCAUGUUUGCACACGGACUCCUGCUGCACUAAACACCCAGUCUGCAUGAGGGCUUGAAGGCUGUUUGCGCUGGUCCAGCUCGUCUUUACUGACAGAAAGGGAAAAAAGUUUGGAGGCCAGAGUCAUGUCCGAACAGCCGGGAUUUGUGAGCCCGUUUCACAGACCGCAGUGUCUGGCUGCUGCGGCUCCGGCGGGGAAAGCCAAACUCACUCAUCCUGGAAAGGCUAUCCUGGCAGGAGGGAUAGCUGGAGGUAUAGAGAUCUGCAUCACCUUCCCCACAGAGUACGUAAAAACACAGCUGCAGCUCGAUGAAAAGGCCAAUCCUCCCAAAUACAGAGGCAUCGUCGACUGUGUGAAGCAGACGGUGAACGGUCAUGGGGUGAGGGGUCUUUAUAGAGGUCUCAGCUCUCUGCUGUACGGAUCCAUACCUAAAGCAGCAGUCAGAUUCGGGGUGUUUGAGUUCCUCAGUAAUAAGAUGCGAGAUGAAUCGGGGAAGCUGGACAGCAAACGAGGAUUCCUCUGUGGGCUCGGGGCAGGAGUGGCAGAAGCGGUGGUUGUUGUCUGUCCUAUGGAGACAGUUAAGGUCAAAUUCAUCCAUGAUCAGACGUCAGCAAACCCGAAGUACAGGGGAUUUUUCCAUGGGGUGAGGGAGAUCGUCAGGACAGAAGGUCUUAAAGGGACUUAUCAAGGGCUCACCGCCACUGUGCUAAAACAAGGAUCCAACCAGGCCAUCCGCUUCUACGUCAUGACUUCACUGAGGAACUGGUACAAAGGUGAUGAUGCCAACAAAGCUAUUAACCCCUUGAUAACUGGAUGUUUUGGAGCUGUCGCUGGUGCUGCUAGUGUGUUUGGAAACACUCCUCUGGAUGUCAUUAAAACCAGAAUGCAGGGUCUAGAAGCUAGCAAGUACAAAAGCACGUUGGACUGUGCUGUCAAGAUAAUGAAGCAUGAAGGACCAAUGGCGUUCUACAAAGGUACUGUUCCUCGGCUGGGUCGAGUGUGCAUGGACGUAGCCAUAGUCUUCAUCAUCUACGAGGAAGUCGUGAAGGUCUUGAACAUAGUUUGGAAAACGGACUGAAACGGAUACUGCAGUGCGGCACAACUCCCAAAUAACGACUUCCUCAAACCCUGCUUCUAGGUUCUAAUAUCUACCUCUGAGUGAUUUUCAGACAGAGGGGAAGGGUUUGGUAUGCUCUUGAUUUUAUUUGUAACACAAACGAAGCCUUACCUGCAUGACAUAAGCUCUAGAGUCAGAGCUUAGGCUUGGCGUCUUUCCUUAAAUUACAGAAGUUCCUUAAGAGCUCAGGGAAAAGGAACAGAACAUUUACUUAGAUCUGAUUAAAAAGAGAAAUUGGAUUAUUAGAAAGGAAAAGUGUGACUCGCCUGUAGCGCUUCAAGUUCUGUUUGUAAAUCCUGCCCAUUAUAAUGUGAUUUAGACACUGUAGACGAAAAUUAUACUUGAAAUGAGCAAUUAUACCAGAGAACAAACAUUUUAAAGCCCUUUUAUAUGCAAGUAUUCCUUUUUUUUUUUUUUUAUGAGACUUUUAAGUAUGUCAUUCCUUAGCUGAUGAAAUAUUUAGAUGUCAUGCAACUGAGGCGAGUGGUACAUUAACAACUAAAUGCCUUAAAUGUCAUAAUAAUCGAGGCUGUGCAGGUUUGAAGAUAUUCUGCAGCUUAUUUAGAGAUGCACAUUUCCACAGAGCAGAGGUUUUAGGUGAAGAGCUUUCAGAGAUGUUUUAAUUCAUGAUCUGACUAGAUAUAUUCUAUAAAGAAGUGCCUAUGUAUUGUAUGAUUCAUUUUGAGAUCUUUUGAGAUUAAGAGUGAUUGAAUGUUUUGUGUACUUAGUCACUACAGAUUGUUUUAAAGGAGUGCGUUUACAUGGGCUUGAGUAUCCUGGUUAUCCCAGCAAAUUCAGGAGAUGGUGUUUGCAUGCACACAGAGAAACCUGAUCAUUGGUAUCCCUGCUUGUAUGAUAAAUACUAGUCCAGUUUUUAUGGCACUUUUGUUCUGAUGUUUGGCCUCUUAGAAAUGUCUUCAUAAGUGACCUUAUUUCCAUAGUACUUUUAGGGAAAUCACCACCCUGGAGCCUUUUCAGUGAAUCCAUUUUCUUCCACUUUUUUUGGCUGAAGGCAGCAGAUGAAAUCACAAAACUCUUUAAAACAAAACCAGAAUACCCACGUCCAUGUAAACGCUCUCAGUUUUGUACUCAGUUGCACACCCUGCAGUGUUGCCAGAUGUUUAUUCCCAGGCGGGUAUUUCUGAGCUGUUCUCAUCUUCCUCUCUUGUUUUUAACUAUUUUAUUAAUUCUUGAUUUUAAAUUGCCUUAAUUGCAUAGACGUGCCUGCUCGAGAAAUGCCUUUAACAGUGCCUUCCAUCUCAUUCCAUGGAUAAUUUAUGGUUUAGAUUAGCUUUUAUUUUAGAUUUUCUGACUCUGUGUUCAACUUUUAACAGUAAUUGCCCUUACUGUUUAUGACAACUGACGACCCAAUGUGCCAACUGCUGCUCAUAAUGCCGUGUGAUAGAGCAGACUGGAGUUUGCAGCUCGUGGGUCUGGCAUGUUUACAUGCAAUGCAGUCAUUUGUUUGACAAAUGUUUACUAUGAGUGAGCCUUCUCUCUGCUUCAGCCGCAGCCUGACCCUGCAGACAUGUAAACGUUAACGUGUGUCAUAACUAUUUAAAUAUCUUUGCAUUUUUUCAUGUCAACACGGAUAACUUCCAGCAGUUAAGACCAAGUAUUGUGCCUUCAGUCGGAUUAAAGCUAACAUGUAUACUCAAAAAUAAACAUGGGAUCAGACUGCUAA